GAGAGAGUGUGAGCCCUUCUCUCUUAUUUCACACCUUCUAGAGAAUCGAGAAGCCGAUUCCGUUUCGCUCCACUCCAAUUCUCGGCGAUCGUCGCCGGGAAACUUCCUAUUCCCGCCGAUAUGAAGGAGCCUUCUUCGGAUGACUGGCUUCCGCCGGGAUGGAAGGUGGAGAUGAAGCUGACCUCCACCGGUAGAAAAUAUAAGUGUUAUAUUCAUCCCUCAAGUGGACUCAAAUUCUAUUCCAAGCCAGAGGUGUCUCGUUAUCUCAACAAAGCUCCCCUCAAUGAUCGUGAAUCCAUACAGAAGAAAUCCAUAGAGAGGAAGACACCCAUAAAGACAAUGGCACCCGCAGGGAAGAAGAAAUCCAUGGAGAAGAAGAAACAUUGCAAAGGCAUUGCAAAAAAAGUUGUAUUUGAGAGGGUAACAGCAGAAGGCCUGCCUCCAGGAUGGAUUAAGGAAAUAAAAAUACAAAAAAAGUGUGGUACAGUCAGAAGAGAUGCGUAUUACACUGAUCCUGUAAAUGGAUAUAUAUUCCGCUCAAUGAAGGACACUCUUCGCUAUCUUAAAACUGGAGACCCAGGAAGGCUUGCAUUCAAGCCAAAGCCCAGAGACAGUGGUGAUAUCAAUUUGGAAGAUGAUAAAACCUAUUCACCUGUUGUUCCCAGAAAGCAAGAAUUAGCAGGUGGUGGAGCAAGAAGACAGGUUACAAGGGGUCAGAGCUUGAAAUUGGGCAAGAUAGCAAGCGAUGAAGGAAUCCCUAAAUCUGCCUGUUCAGGUGCAAAAGUCACAGAGAGCAGCUUAUACCUCUCAGAAGCCAAGGGUUCAGAGCCUAUAGGAGAGAAAAGUGAUGAUGCUAAAAAUGUGUUAGAUUCAGCGCCUUUGGUUGAGCCCCUUGCAGAAAAACAACCACUGGAAAAUAGGGCAAAAGUUCGUGGAAAAAGGAAGACCCAACCUGGUUUGUGCAAUUACAGGAACAAAAAACCUCGUGACUUGCCACGUCGAGCUUCAAAACGACUUGCUGGGCUUGAAGCUGAUGUGACACCAGAGCUGAAAACCACUAAUCGAGGUAGUCGAGUUGCAGCUGGACAUUCAGGUGAGAUAGAAGCAGGUACAGCUGAGGCUGAGCCUGAGACAAAGUGCUCCUUUCAACCUUCCCAAAAGUUGGAAGUGUUAUUGGAAUCAAAUGGUGGUAAAACUCCUGUUGAAGACUUGGCUCCUCCAGAAGAGCAAGCUGAAAAGGUUGAGGCUGAGAAUAAGGACAAGGUGAAGCACGGGUGCCCUCUUUCCUUGCCUCUGGGGGAUGGUUCUAUUCCCAUAGAGCAUGCUGGAGUGGCUGAAGAUGAAAAUAAGGGGGCUGAGAAUCCAGAACCCCCUCAUGAGUUGCCUUUUGGGGAUUCAUGGACUGACCCAUGUAUUGAAUUUGCAAUAAAAACUCUUACAAGCGAUCAUCUGUCCAUCGAGGACUACUUCCAGCAGCAACUCAGCUCACCACACGCCCAAACCAACAAUGGCUCAAACUUUGGCUUGGGCAACUUGCAACAAACUGACUUUCCCUUCCAGCAAUAUGAUGUGGCAGAAAAUCCAGCACCUGAACUACAAGCACCCGUACAGCCUACAUCCCAGAAAGACGGAAAUAUCAACUUCCCAAGUUCAGGUGAGACUGGUAGAUACCAACCCGGUGAAGAUAAAAGCAAGGCAUCUCUAAAAGUUCCAGCCCAAAUAGACAAUGGCUUGAACUUGGGGUUGGGUAACUUUCAUCAAACUGACUUCUCAUUUCAGCAUAAUGUCAUGGCCCAAAAUCCAGCACCCAAACCACAAGCACCUGUGCAGCCUAUAUUCCAGCAAGCCGGAAAUGCCAGCUUCCUGAGUUCAGGUCAGACGGGGCUGCGCCAACCUGGUGAAGAUAAGAGCAAGGAACUACAGGGGCCCACAAUCCAGCCAGAGGGAAAUGCCAGCUUCCCAAGUUCAGGUGCGACCGGUGGUCUACACCAACGAGGUGAAGAUAAAAGCAAGGAAUAUCAGAAACAGUUGAUAUACUAAUAGAGACCUCAGUAUGUACAAUUAACUAUGUAGAAAAAGACACUUCCUGGCCUUUUGACAUGUGACUGCCUUCUUUUGUUUCUUUAACUGCUGAAUGUUCAUAAUCUCCCCAUAUGGAUUUGAAAUCAAUUGCCAAGGAGAUUGCUCAAUGCCCACAACUCAAUAAGUUCUCAAGUUA